UAUCCUUAUCAUGGCCGACUGAUUCGCUGCGACUUCGCUUGCAACAUUUCUGGAGAUUUCGGCGAGAUCUGCGUACCCACAGCAAUCAGACAGGAAUAAAACGUUCAUAUCGACGUCGACGACUGCUCAACGAUGAGCGCACAGAACAGAGCGACUGCAAACGGCGGCAACACGCGAAAGAGCAAGAAGAAGCGGAACGCCCGAUCCCAGCCGAAGUGCGACGACGAACAGAAGCGAACGAGCGGCGGCGAAGAGACGACGGGAGGCUGUGCGCAGCGUGACGGCGCUCAACGCGACGAGGUGAAGAUUGAGAAAGUCAGGCAGCCGAUAAACAAGAGUCUGACGUCGGGAUCUGGCGCCGUGACGAGGGCUCUCGAUUCGGCUCUGACGACGCGUUUGGACUCUGUGCCGAGUUUUGAUGGCGAGAACUGUCUGCUGUGUUACAAACCCAGAGAUGUGACGUCACAUAUUGGUGGAACAAAUGAAGAUCAGGGACCUUUGUCGUUGUGGCUCUGUCCUGAAUGCAGACUGACAAUUGAGAUUCGACAGCAAAAGAAAGAACCUGUGGAGUCUACAAGAGAGAGAUUCACCACACCGUCUGGUGUAACUGAGAACAGAGACGUUGUCAUGCCAGAUGUCCUCACACUUUCAAAUGGACUGCACAGAGAGAUAGAAACACUUGUACCUCGUGAUAAAGACACAACAGUAAUGCAGUCGAAGUGGAUGGAGUUGCGACAUGCAAUUAGAUGUGCGUAUAGACAAGCGGGAACGUCACUAGCAGAUUGGGUGCGGCCGUACUAA